CUGCUACAGUAAAGAGCUGCCCCCGGACGAGCGCAGCGGACUCCUGGAGCCGCCCUCUGCCCCCAACACCGCUGCCCACGACACGCUGAGGCGGAGCGGGCUCGAAGUGCUGCGACAUGUGCCCCCCAACCCGGAGCCGGAGGACGGCACCAUCACCAAACCAUCACCAAAAGGGCCGCCCACGAGGAGAGGGACAGGGCCAGACGAGCACCAGGCUAUUCUUAACUCCACCAGACCCCCGGACACCAACGACAGCUCUGCCAACACAAGGCUGACCAACACUUUCUCUACUCCAACAACAACAGAGGUAAAUAAUAAGGACGGAUCUACUGUCGUAUCACAAGAGACAAACACCAAAGACCUGAGCUCUAACACAAGGCUGAAUAAAACUUUAUCAGCGAGUCCGAAAGAGCAGAAUCCUCCUGAGGAAACAAGGAAGGACACUUCUACUCUCCUCUCUCAACAAACCUGCUCCAAACUCUGUUCAAACACGAGGAGACCUGAGCUCUCCUCCAGCACCGCUCCUCUCAGCCAGAGUCCUGGAGCCGGCUCUGACAGCGCCCCACGUGCAGCCCCCGCGCUCCCCCGGGACAGGCCUGCGCCCAGCGGGGAGAGCGCCAGGGGCAGGGGGGGCACCGCCGAGGUCAGGGGGGAAGUCUGUGUCGUGACCGCGGCUCUCGGGGAAGGAUUCGAAAAGAGGACGCAGAGUUUCUACAGCCUUUGCCCCAUCGACGCCGACGACCUGGACCACGGUGACGGACAAUCACGCGCCACGGACACUGCACCUACCGGACAAUCACACGCAGCGAAGUGUGUCUCUAGGACUUUACCUGUGGACGCUAUUUUGUCAGGUAAAACAGAGAAGUCACCUGAUCCAUCACAUGACCAGAACCCGACAGCACAGAUCAAUUUAGACUCUCCUCACAAAUCUGCUGAAAAAACACAAAAUGGACUAAAAAAUCACACAGCUCGACUCAACUAUGAGAAAGAUAAGAUAGAAUGUGUCUGUGACUCGAGUGUGGACAGAGACGAGCAGCAGAGGGCAGCAGAGCGACACAAAGACAUCGUUAAACUGUCCAAACAAUCCGUCAGCUGUCACACAGGGCUACAGUCUUCUCCUCAAUCUGACUUUUGUAAAACUGUUUCUGAUUCUGUCAACGAAAAAUCAAAGACCAAGUCCAGCGAAGCAAAUCAGACAGCAGGAGAACAAAAUAGAGACGAGAGGGAGUUUAAGACAGAAACAACAAGACUGACAGAGACGAGGCAGAUGAACCACCGCGGUGUAACCCUGGUGGACACACGGGGCACUGCAGGAGAGACAGGAGCUUCUAAACUCACAGGUGAGACAGAGACAGGAGCUUCUAAACUCACAGGUGAGACAGAGACAGGAGCUUCUAAACUCACAGGUGAGACAGAGACAGGAGCUUCUAAACUCACAGAGACAGGAGCUUCUAAACUCACAGAGACAGGAGCUUCUAAACUCACAGAGACAGGAGCUUCUAAACUCACAGAGACAGGAGCUUCUAAACUCACAGAGACAGGAGCUUCUAAACUCACAGGUGAGGCAGAGACAGGAGCUUCUAAAGUGACAGGUGAGACAGUGUCAGGAGCUUUCACAGUGACAGGUGAAACAGAGACAGGAGCUUCUAACGUGACAGGUGAGGCAGUGUCAGGAGCUUUCACAGUGACAGGUAAGAUGUGUGAGGAAAGAGUUUGUGGAUUUGAGACAGUGACAGAAGCAGAGACACAGGCUGAGACAGAGGCACCAGCAGGGGGCGAUGUUCAGGGUUUACAAUGGUCUGAGUCGGUCCAGUACAUUGAAGUGGAGAGGUCAGAGUUUAAACCUGAAACACAGCGGCGUGCGUUUACUGUCCACACUUCUGUUCAUGUGGAUGACACGGGUGAGUCUGAUACACGGGGCGGUGCAGAGGCCGUCACGUCUCAGGACAGUCACAGAGCAGAGCAGGGUUCAGGCUCACACCGACAACCUCAGACAAGAAAAACAGACUUUGGGCUCAAAAAACAAACUCUAGAUAAAAGAGACAGAGCAGAGACUGAAAACUUUAGUGAUGAUGUGGAGGAGCAGACAGCAGAGCUCAGAGCCGCGCAGAGCAUCAGACAUUUUACUCAGAACAAAACAGAUUCUGACGUGAAAAUCCACCAAACGUCUUUAAACACAAACCAAAGUGAAACCCCCGUCGCUCCAGGAGUCUGUGUACGAGAGCUCACAGGUGAUACCAGCUUUAGUCCUGAUGAAGAGGAGGUUACUCAAACAGAGAGUGUAGAAUCGCCCAGUGAACGAAAGCAACAGGACAUCGUCUCAUCUUAUCUGACUUUACUCAGAGACGAGCUGGACUCAGGGGACAAUAUCAGGACCAGUGUCUCUAAACAGGACGACGUGAGACAGUGUAGUUUAACACACACUCAGGUCAGACGACAAACUGCUCCUCCUCCUCUGACCAAACCCAGCUCCACAGAGUCCAGAGACGACAGGCUGAAGGACACAACUGUACAAGAGGCAGAGGAGCAGAGAGAGGAGCACAGGGAGGCAGAGGAGCAGAGAGAGGAGCACAGGGAGGCAGAGGAGCAGAGAGAGGAGCACAGGGAGGCAGAGGAGCAGAGAGAGGAGCACAGGGAGGCAGAGGAGCAGAGAGAGGAGCACAGGGAGGCAGAGGAGCAGAGAGAGGAGCACAGGGAGGCAGAGGAGCAGAGAGAGGAGCACAGGGAGGCAGAGGAGGGGUCCAGUGCUCCUCUAGGACAUACAGAGGAGCACAGAGACGAUGGACUCUUAAAUACAGAUGCUUCACUGAGUUUUACGCUGAAUUCAAGCCUCACUAAAGCACUGGAUAAAAAAGAAGUCAUAAAAGUGUCAGAUCCUGCAGACAGCGAGGGCAGAGUGAGGGUUAAGGAGGAUACUGAGGGAGUUUUAGACACAGAGACGGGAGAUCAACACACUCCUCGUCCUUCUACAACACUGUACACUCAGGACAACAGUGAUGAAGACUCCUCUGUUCAAACACAAACUGCACCACAAGCAACGUUCUGUGGUGAACUGACGCACGCUCCGGUUUGUAAUGUCGAAAAGGAUUUUGCUUCUCAACUGUCACAAGAAAAAGACACAGAGCUCAAACUCAAAGCAGUGAGCGCAGAUGAAAAGAGCCACUGCAGUUCAGGAACAGCAGAGGAGACGAGACAGGAGAGUUUAUCUCCUAAUGAUGAAAAAACAACUUCAGAUCUGAGCGAUUUCACACAGACAUCUGAGGACCUGCAGCCUGACGGCCAAAUAAAGACUGUGCACGUGAACACAGAGCCUCACAAAACGAAAAGUGAAAUGGAGAAGGACAAAAUACAAACACCAGUCGCACACAGUGAGACGUGCGGUUUAUCAAAGGAAAAUACAGACUCUGACCAGACCCAGUGUGAUGUUUCUGCUCAACUAUCACAAGAGGAAAACACAGACACUGAGGUCAUGUUGGACUGUCCAGAGUCUGUAGACCAGAGCUCAGGAGAAGAACGUGACAGAGCACACGAAGAGCUCAGCGCUCCGACUCCAGACGCUGACGAGUCUGUAGAUCCGUCAGUGAGCGGAGGAGAGGCGGCGUUUGUAGAGGUGGAUCCAGGUCAGAUCGACGUCUAUGCCUCCACUCCCUCCUACGAGAUCCACUGUCCCCCGUCCUCCGGCUGCGCAGCGCCCCCGGAGGACGAGGAGGAGGAGUGCGGCAUGAGGCACAUGGUGUCGGAGCUGCUGGGGGAGGACGCUCGCUCGUCCGUGUGUCAGCUCUACCCGCAGACGUGGAUCAGACUGGGGCUGGAGCAGAGCUGUGAGGGCUGGGCACAGGGGGCGUCUCGGGCCGAACUCGCCCCACAGAAGAGCCUCGAGCCCGGGCACGGAGCGGAGCACAUCCCUGCCUCUGUGUCGGAGCUCCAGCCCUCCAUGGCUCUGCUGGGGGUGUAUCCCUACAGCACGGUGAACCCACAGGGAGGCUGCAUCUGGGACUGGCACACGGGCAACGAGCCUGUGUGUCAGGAGCCUGUGUGUCAGGAGCCUGUGUGUCAGGAGCCUGUGUGUCAGGAGCCUCUGCCCAAAACCACCCUGAACCCAGAGGCCAAAUCAUGGACCGGAGCCAGACUCACCUUCAACACAGACGGCCCCUACAGCACCCACACCGACUACGACACCCAGGGCACCUACUACACCCAGGGCACCCACAGCACCCAGGGCACCCAUGACUCAGAGCAGUGGGUCCAGUACAGCAGCGUCCAGCCCGACCACAACGGUUUCUCUGUGGAGCUUUGUGAGGCCCUGGAGCUGCUGGAGCCCGACGUCGUCUAUGACUCUUCACUUCAGUACGAGCCUUUCUGUUCAGAGGCCACAGUGAACGGAGACUCACCCGCUCUGAGCCCCGCACCUGCCCUGGCACCUGCCCUGGCACCUGCACCUGCCCUGGCACCUGCACCUGCCCUGGCACCUGCACCUGUCCUGGCACCUGCACCUGCCCUGCUGGCACCUGCACCUGCCCUGGCACCUGCACCUGCCCUGGCACCUGCACCUGCCCUGGCACCUGCACCUGUCCUGGCACCUGCACCUGUCCUGGCACCUGUCUCCACUGUGGCGCCUGUCUCUGACAAAGUGAGAGAGCAGCUCCAGAGCCUCCUGGAGUCCUGCCUCACCAGAGAACACCUGAGUAACGACUUGUACCUGAAGUCUCAGAUGGACAGUGACCAGUAUCUGCCCAUCUCCACUCUGACCAGUCUGGACCAGAUCAAGUCUGUGAGCACCGACGUCCAGCUCAUCACAGACGUUCUAAAGACUCUGCCCCUGGUGCAGGUCGCCCCCUGUGGGCAGAAGUUCAGACCACAGCAGAGCAGGUGUGUGGUGAUCCUCAGGGAGAUUCCUCAGAGCACACCUGUGCAGGACGUGGAGUCGCUCUUCACCAGCGACAAACUGCCCACGUUUGUGAGCUGUGAGUUCGUGAACAACGACAACUGGUUUGUGACGUUUGAGUCUGAGGCGGACGCAGAGCAGGCGUACAGGUUCCUGCGUGAGGAGGUGCGUGAGUUCCAGGGGAGGCCUCUGAUGGUUCGGAUCAAAGCCAAAACGAUGGCCACCGCGAGCUACGGCCCAAAGAACAGCGUCAGGUGCGUCGCCACGGAGACGGACCCCGCCCCCUACUCCUACUUCCCCCAGAACUGCCCCGAGCUGCAGGACCAACUGUACCACCUCACCAGCGACUUGUGGGGCGUGUCCGGGCAGGGCUUCCACGACGGCGGCGGCGACGGCAGGCAGACGCCCACAGACCUGGUGAACGAUUUUGUAAAUGGUGUUUCAGCCGCGGCCAUCUUCAAACCGUUUAACCCCUACAAACACAGGAGAGGCUCUCGUUGGUCUCACUCAGACUGGAGACCAGACCAGGACUUUGAGAAGACCAGGGACCAGAGACCGGACUACAGACCGGACCGGGGUCGAGGCAGGGGCAGAGGCCGGCGCGGCAGAGGAGGCUUCCACAACAGGACAGACUCAGCGCCCCCUGGAGAGCGCAGCAGGCGAGGUCCGAGGAAGAGGGAGAACAUGAACGGCGACACAUCCACUCCUCCAGCGGCGCGUCGUCCCUCUCCUCCUCCUGAACUCACCCUCACCAGCUUCCCCCCGCUGUCCGCCUCUGCAGCGCCCCCCGCAGACCACGUCAGGGUUUCUAAGUCCAAGUCUGCCCCUCCGCUGCUGCAGGGCGUCUGGACCGAGACACAAGUGCUGAAGGAGCCUCAGAGAAAGGACAGAUCUGCUCCGGCCUCCACUGACCCCUCUGCACCCGCACUGGACUCUGAGUCAAAAAAGCCGAGCUACGCACAGAUCUGUCAGAAGUCUUCUUCUCCCAGAGGCUCCUCUCCUGUUUCUCCCAAACACAAUCACACCAAACCAGCCCAAAAAGAACCCAGCCACACUGAAGAGGCUCCUCCUGCAGGGGGCGCCGCUGAGCUCAGCCUCGCCCCUCACAGGGCAGCAGGGGGCAGCACUGAGUCCGUAACCAAAGUCCAGUCCAUCCCCACGUACCCAGGGCAGGAGGCCGAGGUCCUACGGUGACUCCAGGCUCAACACGGAUCAUUUAUGUCCAGUCCGAGCCAACGCAACAUCAGGUCCAACGCUUCAGGUCCAACACUUCAGGUCCAACGCAACAUCAGGUCUGACAUGAGGAUAAACAUGAGGAGAAAUCGGGACAUGACCUUUGACCUGCUCUGGCCUCAGGAUUCAUCAAUUUCAGUUUUUGGAGCAAUAAAAACGAUUGAGAUUCAUUUUAGUUUUCUUUAGGUUUAGUCCUGCUCCACCCAGAAUACUUUAUACAUUUGCUUUAAGCAUUUUAAAAAUGAUAAAUGUAUAUUUUUUUUCUCUUUUUUUUUAAAAACAUGUUCAGUUUUUGUGAAGCUGACGUCUGAACACUGUUGGGUUUUUACAGAGCGCUGUACAUCUCUGCUUAGCUCACACUUUUAUUCUGUAUUCUGUGCUGGACGACGUUUCAGAAGAAUCUGUCUCAUUUUAAAUGUUUUUUUUUCCAUGUUUGAGGAGUUGGAGGAGUUUGUGUCAGUUUGUUGAGUCCAGAGCUUUGUUUGUGAGUGUGUCAUGUUCUGAGUCGCCUGUAGGAGCAGGUCAUUCUGUUCUGUCUCUACACAUGUACAUAAACUCCACAUUAAAACAAGUGCCUUUGGGUUGAAUA